CCUGACUAGAGGUGAAUUCCAACCAUGACUCAAACAGAAAGUAAAAGUAAAGUGCUUUGUAAAAGCAUGCUGAUAGUUACCUGUGUCAGUGCAAAGCUUGUAAAGAUGGGGCAGGUGUUUUCUUAUUUCUAUGCUGAGACGACGUUUAUUGGGAUUGCCCUGGUCUGCGUGUGGGUCCUUACACAGAACAUCACAAUUCCAAGUCGUAAUCCUGAGGAUCCUGUGAUUAAUUCAGAACUGAAACCCUCUCAAAAUGGAUUCAUUGAUCAGCAUGGGCUUUCUGAUCCAGCAGAAGGGAUAGAGCCUGAGAGGAGGGAUGGAGACAGCUGCGAGACGAACGUCGGUCCGAGCUGUGUUUCCAGACGUUUCUUUUUCAGGUCACCAGAGACAGGAAGUGAGACUGAAAGAGGUACCUCUCCUGACAGAAUGUCCCCCACAACCACAGUGGGCACUGAGCAUCUGGAGGGUGCAGAAAGGAUAAACAUUUGGGUGAAGUGUUCGGGGAAAUCUGAGGAGGUUAAUGUCUUCCCUCUGGAGAGAGUCUCUGUGCUAUUGGAGGACAGCUGCCAGAAACUGGGAAAGAACCCAAAGAAAAUGAUGCUGAUUUACAAUGGAGAAAAGAUGGACAAGGAGAAGACGGUGCAAGAGUACAGCCUGAGGGGAGGGAUGACUGUCCAUCUGAUUCCGUCUGCCUAAAUUUGCCAGGGUUCGCAUCAUGUGACCUGCUGCUGCUAUUCUUCUGUUGUCACCCCCCCUCCCUCCACCAUUUUGUUGGGGGGGGGGGGGGGGGGGGUUCAUUUCUGUUCUGGCAGUCUCUAACGAUAAUUAGUAGCUGGUGGGUGCCUGCCUUUUUGCCAAGAGUAAGUAAUGUAAUUGUCAUGGUUCUGUGUUUUCCUGUCUGUUUCCCUUGUUGGGUCGCCAGAUGGCGGCACUUCUGUUUUGUGUAUUGGUGUAUUGUUACCGUCUUAUUUGAAACGUAUUAAUUGUGCAUAAUAUAUUGCAUAGAAGCAUUAAUUUAUGCUACACUGUAAAAUGUCCAGUGUUAAGUAAACUCUAACAGAGUACAUUUGAGACCGGUUAUGACCAUAUGCACUGUGUAAAGUUCAUUUAAGGCUGAAUAGUGGGCACAAGCAUCAAAUGUGACUAUGAGCAUUUCUCUCAAUGAAAAUUAUUUUAAUAAAAACAAAAUGCUUCAGCUUUAAAGUAUCUCUAGUGA